UAAAUAAAUUUUGGAUUUUUCUAGAGUUGUAGAACAAGAUGAAUAAUUUCCAGAAUUAUAGAAAUUUUGGAACCAAUUCAAUCCCAGGCAAGGAUCACUUUGCGAAGAUUCCCCAGAAGCUCCAAAAUUUUCAAGAAAAUGUUUCCCGCACUGAAAACAAUGAACGAAUCAAACCACAGAGUUUUUAUGCUGGUAUAUCGGUGCCAGACGGUGAUUCCAGCAAUAUUGGCAAUGGGCUUAAAAGGAAAAUCCCUGAAUCUCUGUUGACCGUGAAGAAGAUAAUAAGGGUGCACGAAGUUUCAAAGGGGGAUAAAUUAAAUGAGGAGUUCUGCUAUAGAGACAAUUUAUCUGGGAACUCCAGGAAAAAAGGUCCAGAGCAGACAAAAUUUGCGCCAAUGCCUUCUUUGCAAAUCAUAACUGGAAAUAUUGCACAAAUUCAAAAAAUGAACAAAGAACUGGAAGGUCAGAAUUUUCUGUUUGAAACUCAUGCCAAACUGUUGCUAGUGAAGGAGGGCAAAUAUACGUGUGAAAAGUUGAUUUUGCUGCGCAAUGAGAGUGGUCCCGUUCUGCAAGGUGUCUUCUAUGAAAUCGACCACAAAUUGCCCGCUAACGUAGAAGAAGGGCAAAUCGUGAGGUGCGUGGGACGUUUUAAUCACUAUAAUCGCUUCAACAUCAUGAAAAUUUCGUCCACUAAUUCUGCCUUCGUUGAUCUCUCCAAUCGCCUUCACGCAAUUUCUCACUUCACCAUAAACAAGGACAACAAACAUUGAGAUAUUACUUC